AUGGAGGACGUGGAAAAAGAAAGAAGGAAAGCCAUCAACAGAAAUAACUUCUACGGGAAGGUCUUGCUUGGCAUUCUUCUGGCUGGUGGGGGGCUAAUGUACCUUGCCUACGCAGCAGCUGACGUGAGCUCGGGUCUCAUGCGCCACAUGGACGGUCUGCUGGAGCUCCUUUAUGAAGUGCUUCCUGAGAACUUUCCAGACCCCGAGUUGGCGCACCACAUCGUCAUGUGGUUGGCCGCCAGGGGAUACCUCCCCUAUGAUCUCGAAAGAGAGCACCAGCCCGCAGAGGUCAUUCACUGGGAGCUACAAUCUGAAGUGGUGCGCUGCAGGGAUGAUCCCGAGCUCAGCGUCAAUAUAAAAGGCUUGACCUUCCACACGCCGGUUGGUCUGGCGGCGGGUUUUGAUAAGGACGCCGAGGCCCCCUUAAACUUUUGCAAAAUGGGAUUUGGUUUUGUAGAAGUUGGGACUGUCACCCCUAAACCCCAGCCCGGUAACCCGAAGCCUCGCAUAUUCCGUGCAGCGAAGGACCGAGCAAUAAUCAAUCGAUGCGGCUUUAACAGCGCUGGACUAGACGUCGUGGAGCCCCGCCUGAAGCAGGCUUCAGCAGACCGAUGGCACGAUCGUCUGGCGCGGCGUUGCGUCAUAGGCGUCAAUAUAGGUAAAAACAAGGACACGGAAAAUGCAGAAGAAGACAUCCGUGAGGGGAUCAAACGCCUCGGUCGCUUUGCUGAUUAUUUAGUCAUUAAUCUGAGCUCCCCCAACACACAGGGACUCCGGGCUCUGCAGCAGCGAGACCACCUCCGCAGAAUCAUUACCACAGCACAAAGUGAGCUAGACAAGUUGGAAAAGCAGGAGGCGCAUCAGGCUAAUAUUGCCCAGCCCGAAGACGCAAAACCGGACGCAACUGAGACGUCACGAGACAUCACGCACAAGGCGCACGAUUUCUUCCCAACACAAACAGGAAAGCGCCCGCUCCUGUUUGUCAAAAUCGCGCCAGAUCUGACGGAACAGGAGAAACGAGACAUUGCGGAAGUCGCGCUGGACACGGGCCUAGACGGGCUCGUUGUUACAAACACCACAAUCCAGCGCCCAGACUCCCUUCAGAACAAAUGCAAAAAGGAGACGGGGGGCCUCAGCGGCAGGCCACUGAAGGCAAUGGCAACCCAGUGCGUGUCGGAUAUGUACAAGUUGACCAACGGUCAAGUCGCAAUUAUCUCGAGCGGGGGCAUCGAGACCGGGUUGGAUGCGUACCAGAGGAUCAGAGCAGGAGCGAGCGCCGUUGAGGUGUACUCAUCCUUGGUAUAUAGGGGACCCGUGGUGGCUCGAAGAAUUAAGGAUGAGCUUUUGAGCAUUUUGAACCAAGCAGGCAAGCCGCGAUUCCCUCAGCAGUUUGCUUGCCACUUCCCUUAG